AUGCUGCGGCACGGCUUGACGCGCUCGCGUUCACGCAUUUGCAGUCCGUUGGUCCGCUUCCCUCUCAUUUGCAGUCCCACGAUCCGCUUCCCUCUCAUUUGCAGUCCCUCGGUCCGCUUCCCUCUCGCUCGUUCCUUGAGCAGCAGCACGCGCCCGCGCAAUCCGUCGCACUCGCUUGUGGCGGCGCUCGAGCAAGAGGCUGGGCCGUCCAACGCAUCAGGGGCAGGACUGCUCGUGACCGGCGGAGUGCUCUUGGCAGCAGGAGCGCUCUGCUAUCUGGCCUACGACAAGGCCGUCCGGGCGUACGCCUUUAUGCUCCUCGGCUCGGCUGCUACAGAGCAGCUAUUCAUGCAGCAGCUCGAGGGCAAGGUUGAGCUCGAGCUGCUGCUCACGCCCUUCUCCUCCACGGGCGAGAUCUGCGGCCUCCUAUCGCCCGUCGCGGAGGCGCCCUCCACUCCCGGUCCCCUCAAGCACCGCGCCUUCACGCUCAUCGGCCCGAACGACCAGCUCACCAAGCGCACGCGCGAGAGGCACGCAACUCUCGGCAUCAGGCAGCAGCCGCCAGUCGCGAUGGUGCGCCGCGUGGACCUACUCGCGCCGGUGAGCCUGACGGCGCUCGUGGAGGACGAGCCCGCGCCGGUGAGCCUCUUUGUCCGCAAGAGCCGUGGACAGACCGAGUUCUUCACCGAGAGGCCCCUUGACUGGGGCGGAGUUAGCCUGGCGGAGAUGCGCUGA